AUGAUGAAGAAGUGUUUCAAAUCCUUUUGGAGAUUUGGGAAAAAGAAAUAUACUUAUGCAGUUAACAAGAAUACUACAAUGAUUGACAAAAAAACUCCAAUCAAAGUUGCAGGAUACUUGGAAAAAAGAAGUAAAAUGAAAGUUGUUUGCCGAUGGAAAAAAUUGUGGUUUGUAUUAGAAGGAAGACUGCUUCUCUAUUACAAAUCUCAGCUCGAAUAUCUGAGCCUAUCGCCUUGCAGAGGCACUGUGAACCUUGGCCUAGCUGCCAGUGUAGCUCCAGGCAAAAGUAAUGAGAUCAUUGUAUCAACACGUUCCAACACAGUUUCAUUGAGGGCACUUAACAGAUCAGACCAUGACAUCUGGCUUCAAGCACUGAUGGAUGCUAUGCAUCUUCCCAAUGCAAGCCACUCCAUAUGUUGUUCUAAGCCUGUGCGCCAUUUCAGAUACUCAACUGGGGGUCUGGAAGAGCAACAUAUAAGGACUUAUGGAGACUACUUUACAAACCAUGCUCAUACUCUCUCUGGCAGAUUAUCCCCAAUUAUUCCCAGGCAUUCUUCUGACCGAAGACAAAAUGGAGCAAUAGAUCUAAAACUAGAGAAGCUUGCAAGGCGUUUUAAUAAAAUAGCUGCCAGUGAUAAUACCAUACCUGAAAACUUCAAAAUAACCUCUAGGGACAGCUUAAAAAACAAUCUAUUGAGAAGAUCUAUUAGUGUAGAAGAUGAAAUAAAUAGAUACCCUGAAAACAUCUAUGAAACAGUUGAUUCAACUAGAUUUCAAAAUAGAAACCCUAAGAGGGUAAUUCGCUCCGAUAGUGACUGCCUUUUGAUGAGAGAAAGAUUGUCCCAUCAACCUGUUUUUCGAUCCGAGCAAAAAAUUAAAUCUAUUUUUGACUCAUCCUAUUUAAAUGACCGAGACUUAUCAAUUAGUAUGUUAAAUAAAAAUAGAGUUGAUAAGGGUGAAAACAGAAUUGAAAAAUUGUUCAAAAUGAAACUAGAAUCAAAUGGUUUGGUAGAAAGAAAAAAAGAUAUUAAAAGUGAUACUGAUUUAACAUUAAGAAAAUCAGAUGAUGUACGACACACAGGGAGCUGUAAUGUUGUCUACAGACCAAUAGAGCAUCUUCCAUCAAACAACAGUCAUGAAUAUUGCCUUUGCAGUGACUGUAUAAGAAAUCAAGAUGUUUUAAAACAGCCCAUUCACAUCAAACCUUCUAAAAAACCAAAGCGUAGCAAUUCAAUACUAAAACAUUUUAUGAGAAACAAAAAUGAUGUGUGCAGCCCAUUAAUGAAAAAAAAUUCCGUAAAGAGAAGAUCAUUAAGUUUUCUUAAGAAAAUUUGGAGGAAGAAAGAACCAAAAUUCGAAGAUGAUAUUUCCUUCAAUACUGAAGAAAAUGAUAUGCAAGAAAUUCAUGUCUCAAGUUGUGAAAUGGCUGGCUCUUGUAACUAUAGCGCUGUGGAAAUGUGCCUGGAAUAUGAGGCUCCUCUUCCGGAACCAGUUCCUGAUUAUUGUCAUGCAGACCAAGCGCCAGAGUUACCACCCCGGCGAGGACCGACUCCUUGGGAUGAACCUUCACAAAGCCGGAUAAGUUUAGAAGAAGAACAACCUCCUGCAUUACCAAUUAAGAAGAGGAAAAGAAAGGGCAAUGCAUUGGACUGCCUGUUCCAAGAUGGUUAUGAUUCAGGACUUCGCUUUCUCUUCAAUGAAUCCGAAGAUAACAGCCAGAAAGAACUGGGAGAAAUCAUGGCCCAGCUCGCAGAUAUUAAUGCAGCUCCUCUCAAAUACACUAAUGAUCAGGAUGACGAAGAUCCAGAUUACGACAUUCCAAGACCCCAUGAUUCACUGUUACUAGAUCUUCCAAAAACAUUCUGUUCUCCUGAUAAAAUGCAGCCUACUAAUUUCUUCAGUCACUUUGAAGAUUCGCUAGAUCUGCCACAGUCAAGGUUUGAAGAAUUCACUAUGGCACCAGACUCACUGGAAUGUGAUCCAUGGUCCCUGAGUGAAAGCGAAAGUACUUCUGACAACUGGACUCCACAAACGCAGAUACGAAAAGCGAUGACAUCUUCUACUUAUAGUUCCCAAGAAACAUUUUUUAAAGAUUCACUUAAUCUUCCAAAUGGAGGAAAGAAUUAUUUAAAUAUACAAAACAACUACAUUCAACUUCACAGCUAG